UUAUUGACGUCACUGGAUUGUCACAGAGAAGACAGCUGUAGAACUGAAUAUGAAACUUGAUUAGUUAGCAAGCAAUAGUAUAUCUUUCAAAAUCUGAUUCUUGGGGAAUACCAGCGUUUCCGAUUGUAGUAAAAUGGAACAAUCAGCACCAAAAAGCAAGUUGAAAAAGCUGAGUGAAGACAGCUUGACGAAGCAGCCAGAAGAAGUUUUUGAUGUUCUGGAGAAACUUGGUGAAGGGUCCUAUGGCAGUGUAUACAAAGCCAUACACAAGGAGUCUGGCCAGGUGGUGGCCAUCAAACAGGUGCCUGUAGAGUCAGACCUCCAGGAGAUCAUCAAAGAGAUAUCCAUCAUGCAGCAGUGUGACAGUCCCUACGUAGUGAAGUACUAUGGCAGUUACUUCAAGAACACAGACCUGUGGAUCGUGAUGGAGUACUGUGGAGCUGGUUCCGUCUCUGACAUCAUCAGAUUGCGCAAUAAAACUCUCACUGAGGACGAGAUCGCCACGAUCCUGAAGUCAACCCUGAAGGGCCUGGAGUAUCUGCAUUUUAUGAGGAAAAUCCACAGGGACAUUAAAGCUGGGAACAUCCUCCUGAACACAGAGGGUCAUGCGAAACUGGCGGAUUUCGGAGUGGCGGGACAACUGACGGACACAAUGGCCAAGCGAAACACAGUGAUUGGAACCCCUUUCUGGAUGGCCCCUGAAGUGAUCCAGGAGAUCGGGUACAACUGCGUGGCGGACAUUUGGUCCCUGGGCAUCACCUCCAUAGAGAUGGCUGAGGGGAAGCCCCCCUACGCAGACAUCCAUCCAAUGAGGGCGAUUUUCAUGAUUCCCACGAACCCUCCGCCGACCUUCCGGAAGCCAGAGCUAUGGACAGACGAGUUCACGGAUUUUGUGAAGAAGUGUCUGGUGAAGAAUCCAGAGCAGAGGGCCACAGCUACUCAGCUGUUACAGCAUUCCUUCAUCAAGAAUGCCAAGCCUGUGUCCAUCCUGCGGGACCUGAUCACGGAGGCCAUGGAAAUCAAAGCCAAGCGGCACCAGGAGCAGCAGAGGGAGCUGGAGGAGGAGGACGAGAACUCGGAAGAGGAAGUGGAGGUGGACUCCCACACCAUGGUGAAGAGCAGCUCGGAGAGUGCGGGCACCAUGCGGGCGUCGGGCACCAUGAGCGACGGGGCGCAGACCAUGAUCGAGCACGGCAGCACCAUGCUGGAGUCCCACCUGGGCACCAUGGUCAUCAACAGCGACGAAGAGGAGGAGGAUGGCACCAUGAAGAGAAACGCCAGCUCCCUGCAGCCUCCUCGCCCAUCCUUCAUGGACUACUUUGACAAGCAGGACUCCAAGAGCAAGGCCCACGACAACUGCAACCAGAACAAGCAGGAGCCUUACCUCAUCGCCAAGAACGUCUUUCCUGACAACUGGAAGGUUCCGCAGGACGGGGACUUCGACUUUCUGAAGAACCUGAGCUUCGAGGAGCUCCAGAUGCGGCUGACCGCUCUGGACCCCAUGAUGGAGCGCGAGAUCGAGGAGCUGCGGCAGCGCUACACUGCCAAGCGCCAGCCCAUCCUGGACGCCAUGGACGCCAAGAAGCGCCGGCAGCAGAACUUCUGAGGGGGGAGGAGGGGGCUCUUUCCCCCCCCCGCCCUGGGACCGCAGACUGCAGGGGCCUGGCCGCAGCGAGAGGAGGGGCCCCUUUAAGACCCCCCCUCCCCCGACCUGAGCUGAGCGAAUCUCCGUGCGCUCGCCGGCUGAGCCUGCCCCGACCCCCCCCAACCGCAGAGGUGCCCGUUGGUCCAUCCCCCCUUCUCCCCCUUCCCAUUCCAGAUUACAUUCACCACAUUCCGCCUUUCUGGAGGGUGUAACCCCGCUGCCCGUGCCCAGGUUUUGUAAGCAGUAAGCGUCGGGCCAAAUCCACCAAUGGUGUGCCUGUUUUCUCAGUGGGUUCCUGUCCUUCUCCCCCUCCCUCUGAAGACUGCCUCCCAGACUACACCCACUAAAGCAGCUACUACUUUGGAGGCAUCUCUUUUUUCUGUCAAAUUUAUCUGACUCUGAUUGGCCCAGGUAUUCAGCAAGGGGUGUUGGGAAUUUGUCAGAACGCAGCUUAUAGAGUGUUGGCCAAACUCUUUCCUUUCCACCCCUACCCUGGCCGCACCCAUGGAAGAGUCCACCAUGAGCCUGCCCUUACACCCUCCUCUGUAUUGUCUGCUGUAUGUCCUAAUUUGGAGAAAGUAACUUAAAACUUAAAAAUACUUGGUUAUAAUGAUGCUAAUAUACUUAAAUAUUAUUUAAAAGAGGAAUAUAAAGUAUGAAGGGUUUUGGGGAUCAUUUUGCCCUGGCUGUUCAUCUUCCUAUCAUUAUUAUUUUGUUUAAUUUUUAUCCUGUGUAAUCCUCACUGACUUUUAUUAGGUGUGAAAGUGUAGGACUCCAGAAUGUUUGAAACCAAAGAAACUUUGAGAGGGAAGCCUAUUGUUAUAGCAGCAGUGGAAGAAUAUGGGUGCCUUAAAAAGGUUUAAAGUCCAGGAGAUGUUGGCUUUAUACUCACGAUAUUUAAAGGGAUAGAACCCUGUGUAUGUAGGAAACUUCUAGGAUGUGGAAUGUUACAUUUUAGGUUUUGGG